AUGGACAAAGAGGACAAAUCAGCUCAGCGGAUCCGCUUCGAUACCGUUGAUGAGGAAGCAGGUCCUGGAGCGCAUGAGCGUGCGCUCCAGCGUCAUCACCGUCGCAAUAGUAUUAGCAGUCUUUCGAUUCACAGUGCAGGUGGCGGCACAAGAAACGUAGACCCCGGUACUGCGCUGCCUAUCACCUACCGUACGCUCUCAAUCGAAGUCGAUGAGGAGAACCAGAAGAAACAGUCUGAGAUCAAGCGCGCAAAGGAGAAAGGCGCUGUUGACCUGACUGCUCUUGAAUGGCACACUCUCGCUGUCGAUGAGCUUUGCCGCCGCUUCUCUGUCGAUACCAGCCAGGGCCUCUCGGAAGAUCAGGUCAAGCGACGGAUUGCCGAGCAUGGCAGGAACAAGAUGUCACCCCCUCCAUCAGGCCUCUUUGGCAAGAUCACGGGCUAUUUCUUUGGAGGCUUUGGAAGUAUUCUCCUCGGCGCUGGUAUCCUCGUCUUCAUCGCGUGGAGGCCUCUUGGUAAUCCGCCAGCGGUAGCCAACUUGGCGCUUGCUUGCGUCCUGAUCGCUGUCUGGCUCAUCCAGGCUGCUUUCAAUGCAUGGCAGGACUGGUCUACGAGUCGAGUGAUGGCUUCCAUUGGAACUAUGCUUCCUGAUCAGUGCAUCGUUAUUCGCAAUGGUUCCCAGGCUAGUGUGUCGGCACUUGACCUAGUUCCUGGAGACAUCAUUGUCAUCAAGCAAGGAAACAAACUGCCUGCCGACAUUCGCUUUGUCGAGGUGUCCAGCGAUGCUAUGUUCGAUCGCGCCAUUCUUACAGGUGAAUCGGAGCCUGUCCAUGCCACAGUCGACGCAACCGAAGACAACUACCUCGAGACAAACAACAUUGGUAUGCAAGGCACACAUUGCAUUUCCGGCAGCUGCAUUGGUGUAUGCGUCGCUACUGGUGACAGUACAAUCUUCGGACGUAUCGCGAAGCUUACGUCGGAUCCAAAGACUGGCAUGACGCCUUUGCAGAAGGAAAUCCUUCGCUUUGUGCUCAUCAUAUCGACUUUCAUCACAGUGGUGGUUAUUGUUAUAGUAGUUCUUUGGGCGGCAUGGCUGCGCAAAGACUACCCAGGCUGGAUCGAUGUUCCUCUCCUGAUCGUGAGCUGCGUGUCGGCGGCAGUGGCCUUUAUACCUGAAGGUCUCCCGAUUGCUCUUACCACAAGUUUGACCAUCGUUGCGAACAUCAUGAGGAAGAACAAGAUUCUGUGCAAGUCUCUGAAGACAGUUGAGACCCUUGGUUCGGUCUCCGUCAUUUGCUCUGAUAAGACAGGCACGUUGACUAAGAACAGCAUGGUCGUCACGGACAUAUAUGCUGGAGGCGAAGAGUACACACCCGCAGCCGCUCGCGAUCUCAUGGCCGCCCUACGAUCCGAGAACAACCUCGCUGCUCUCUCUAAGAAGAGGGAAGACGUCAUCGAUCGACUACGUAUGCUUGCUGGUCUUUGCAACUCUGGCGAGUUUGACGCUGCCACUAUGCACCUCCCCAUUGCUGAUCGUAAGAUCAAUGGCGACGCGACCGAUCAGGCCUUGCUUCGUCUCUCUGAGAGUCUUGGCUCAGUGGCUGAACUCCGCCGUGAUUACAAGAAGGUCUUCGAGAUUGCUUUCAACAGCAAGAACAAGUUCAUGGUUCGGCUCGUAAGCCCGGCUGACAAAGAUGCGACCGGUAACAACACUACCCUCAUGAUUAAGGGUGCGCCUGACAUUCUGCUCGGCCGCUGCGAUACUCUUCUCAACGAUAAGGGCGAGACUGUGCCCCUUACGCCAGCUCAAGUUUCCCGCAUCGAGCAAAUCAAGGACGACUGGUCUCGUCAAGGUAAGCGUGUCAUUCUUCUCGCGCAGAAGCCAACUGUUGCCCCUUUCUCUACCAAUCACGAGAAGGAGGUCCUCGUCGCUGCUCGUCAUGGCCUUACCUUCGUCGGUAUGGUGGGUAUCGUCGAUCCUCCGCGUGAUGAGAUCCCCGAUGUCGUUCGAAUCCUGCGCGGUGCCUCCAUUCGCAUCUUCAUGGUUACUGGCGACUUCAAACUCACGGCACAGGCCAUCGCAGAGGAGUGCGGAAUUAUAUCCAACUCGGCAAUCGUCGACGACAUCAGCGCUCUCGGUCGGGACGGCAAGAUCGGAACGACAAGGCAGGCUAUUGUCUUAAGUGGACCAGAACUCAUUACUCUUAACGAUGCGCAGUGGGACCAGCUCUGUCAAUACCAAGAGAUCGUUUUCGCACGCACAACACCUGAGCAGAAGCUUCGCAUUGUUAAGGAGUUUCAGAGCCGCGAAAACAUAGUCGGUAUGACUGGUGACGGUGUCAACGACGCACCUUCCCUGAAGGCUGCCGAUAUUGGUAUCGCCAUGGGCAGCGGGUCAGACAUCGCUAUUGAGGCUGCUGACAUGGUUCUCCUUGACUCGUUCGCCGCUAUUGUGGAAGCAGUACAAUACGGUCGCCUGGUCUACGACAAUCUCAAGAAGACGAUCGUCUACCUACUUCCAGCAGGCAGUUUCUCUGAGCUCUGGCCCGUCAUUACUAAUGUCGCGUUCGGUAUUCCCCAAAUUCUCUCAUCCUUCCUCAUGAUCAUCAUUUGCUGCCUUACCGACUGCGCAGCUGCCAUCACUCUCGCCUAUGAGAAACCCGAAGCCGACGUGAUGCUCCGCCCACCCCGCAACCCCCGCAAGGACCGCCUUGUCAACACCCGUCUGAUCUUCCACGCAUACUUUGUAGUCGGUCUGCUACAGUGCUUCCUAUCCUUCACCAUGGCGUUCUGGUACCUCGAGACGCAAGGCAUCCCAUUCAACGCCGUAUGGCUGCGGUACGGGGAAUACGAAGAACCCUUCACCGCAGACUUCAUCAACGACAAAGUCAACACUGCAAGCAGCAUCUACUUCGUCACGCUGGUGGUGAUGCAGUUAUUCAACUUGCUUGCUACGCGCACUCGCCGCCUGUCGAUCUUCCAACAACCGCCGUUGUUCAACAAGGAGACGCAGAACUGGCUGCUGUUUCCUGGUAUGCUGUUCGCGAUUGUUGUUGUGUUCAUCUUCUGUUACAUUCCCGGCCUGCAGAACACUAUCGAUACGCGCCAGGUGCCCGUAGAGCACUGGUUCUUGCCAGCUGCGUUUGGGUUUGGCUUGCUGAUGCUGGACGAGGCGCGGAAAUACUGUGUUAGAAGAUGGCCGCGGGGGCUGCUUGCGAGGAUCGCGUGGUAGACACCAUGUAGUUGAGAGAACUGGCUGCAUACAUCAAAGAAAGAAAGUAGAUAAUACCAGAAGAGUACCUGUUCAAAACACUCAAUAUGCUCAUCAAAGCAUUACACCCCCUCCACUCAUGCGACCAGUUUUGCAUCUGGCGCUCGAGGACGAAUGUUCAGACUCCCUAGCGGAACAAAAUUCAUCAUUCCUAUCCACAGCCUCAGGCAGAACUCUCCAAGAAGACAGUGUGUAAAUAGCACCAACGUUGUAGUCAAGAGAUACUUUCCCAAUCCAUCUCAUGUGUAAGCUGCCCCAGCCCCGAACAGGAAGCCACCCCGACCCCGCAC